CCUGUAUAUGUGCGAGUCGACCGGUCGUAGUCGUUCUAUCCGACAGGCGACUUUUGUUUUCGAUACAACGCUCAUUCCAACAAAAAUCCAUGAAGAUUCGUUGAAAAAUGGGUGACACAUCGAUUAAUAACCCCGGAGAAAAUUUAGUCAAUCAAGAUGAACUCAUCCUUCAGCAACAAAGAAGCAUCGAGAAAGAGAUAUCCGAAUCAAUACCUCUAGUGGGGGAAAAGGAAUCACUGAAGAGCCUGGAGAGGGAGUACGAGGAGGAUGAGGUUUAUCUGUCAAAGGCUAGGGCACUGGGACAAAAGUAUUCCUACAUUAGAAGAACUAGACCCGAUGGUAAUUGUUUUUUUCGUGCAUUCAGUUAUGCUUAUCUCGAGAGACUGAUACAGAAUAAAGAUGAGUAUGACAAGUUUCGUGAACUCGCAUCAAAGAGUAAGGAUAAUUUAGUUGCACUGGGAUUUCCACAGUUCACGGUGGAAGACUUUCAUGACACGUUUAUGGAAGUCAUUGAGAAGGUUGGCGAUGGUACAGAGGCCAGCAGUGCUGAAUUACAUAAAUUUUUUAACGAGCAAGGUUACUCAGAUUAUAUUGUUGUUUAUCUUAGACUAAUAACCUCUGGUCAAUUGCAAAAAGAAGCUGAUUUUUACCAGAAUUUCAUUGAGGGUGGUAGGACUGUCGUUGAAUUUUGUCAUCAGGAAGUGGAACCAAUGUACAAGGAGUCCGAUCACAUUCAUAUCAUCGCAAUGAGUACAGCCCUUGGUACUGGUGUACGAGUACGUUACAUGGAUCGUGGAGCUGGCACCGAAGUGACAGCCCACGAUUUUCCAGAGGGCUCAACACCAGCUGUACAUUUAUUAUAUCGUCCAGGUCACUACGACAUUCUAUAUCCCUGAUAAUUCUCCUAGCCAGUGUAAAUCUCGAUAUUUACAAGUCUACAUCCAUUUUACAAAUAAUAAAAUCAAUUUUUUUCCGCAUCAA